AUGGACCCAACUAUUCCUGUUUUACCCAAACCGCGGCGGGCCGAGAAGCUGGGGCGCCCGCUGGGAGUCCAGUGUCGUCCUCCUGUUUCCUGUCAUCUCCUAGUCCCCGUCUCCCGGGAGGCUCGGCCCGGCGCACCACAGACAGGCCUGAGCUCGGCGCCCCGCAGCAGCCCCGGAACUCGGCGGCGGCUGCAACCUCCACAGGCAGGCGCCAGGAGGCGCCGCGCCGGGCCGGCCCGAUGGAGGGGUCGGAGGGACUCGGCGACCAGCCGGGGGAGGCCAGACUACGGAACUUCCAUCCUGCCGCCGGGUUCUCACACCUGCCGGCCCCGAGGAAACAAUGACGUGGAGAUUUUGGGCGGCCGCCCGAGUCGGGUGCUCCUCCUCCUACUCGGGCGAAUGGGACACGAACGGCCCACCCCUCGCUCUCUUCCAUCCGCCUGCCGCCGACCUUCGCUCUUGCAGGCUCCAGGAUUGCAAAUAAUUUCUCGCUGGGUUUUGGCGGGGCGGAGCUGCGGAGAAGCGCGCGCCCGACAGCUUUCCGGGUAGCUGGUCCGGGCGCGGGCUGCGGCGGCUCCCCGAGGCGGGCGGAGGCUGCAAUGUGCACAGGCGGCCACAGGGUGGCGCCAGCGGCCCGCCGUGGGACACGCUCAGGCGAUGCCCCACCCGUCGUUUACCGAUCAAACCAAACAAUCUGGAAUCAAGUUGCUAUGUGUGUCAUUCUUCUCCUGUUUUUCCCCUAACCUUUUAGUAGAGUCAUUUACAUGUUUCAGUUUUUGUCCCAGCUGUGUUAUAGAGUGGAAGGAAAAUAUUUUGUCUCCAAACUACAGCCAAAGUGUGAGAGCAGCAUAUCCUGAAGCCAGUUCGUAAUCAGCCGGAAAAUCAGGAAGGUAAAGCAAGUCUCGAGGCAAGAUCUGGACUCGAUGAUAUCGCCGCUUCUCCCCAUUCGAAGUUUCUCCUUGCAGUGCUACGCUUGGAGAUUUGGACUAACUGUUAGAAAGGAUUUUUUUCUGCCUUCCUACAGGGCAGGGGCCUGGGACUGGCAGCAUUUCUAGCGUCUCUAGAAAUAGAAGGGUUAUGAGAAAGACCCAAAGGAGGGGGCAAGAAUAACACACCCAGUUCUCAUCAUGGGUUACCCCCUUGUAUGCCCAGAACACGUAUGGAGGCAUUGUCUUUUAGUAGAGUCAGAGAAAAGCAUGAACUAGCUAUCCCGAACGCAGAGGCGAGAGCUCUGUCGGCGUCACAGUCCCUUAGGAGUCAUCUGUAAGCUCUAUUUCCUUCCUUAUCAUCUAUACUAUUCCCUCUUGUCUCCCUGAAAUCUACCCACUCCUGGCUGUGUGUCUCUCUGUCUCCCUCUCUCAUUCUGUCUCUUUCUCUGCCCUAAUCUCCUGU